ACAACAGCAACUCCUCAAAAUGGGCUGCAUCAAGGUUAUCUCCGUCUUCCUCGCGGCCGUCGCUGCCGUCGAUGCUCGCGCUUUCUUUCACAACCGUGGCGGCAACGAUGUCAUCCCCAACUCCUACAUCGUUGUCAUGAAGGAUGGCGUUACCGCCGAGGACUUCGACUCCCACAUCUCCUCUGUUGCUACUACCCACAGCAUCAACAAGGCCAAGCGUGGCUCCGAGACUGUCGGACACAAGGACUCCUUCAACAUCAACGGAUGGAGAGCCUACAACGGCCACUUUGACGAAGCCACCAUUGAGUCUAUCCUCAACGACGACAAGGUCGACUAUGUUGAGCAUGACCGUGUUGUCAAGCUGGCUGCUCUCACCACUCAGCCAAACGCUCCAACCUGGGGAUUGGGCAGAGUCUCCCACAAAGCCCCUGGCAACAAGGACUUCGUCUAUGACAGCUCCGCUGGCCAAGGUGUCACCAUCUACGGCGUUGACACUGGUAUUGAUAUCAACCACCCCGAGUUCAGGGGACGUAUCCGCUGGGGUACCAACACCGUUGACAACGACAACACCGAUGGCAACGGCCAUGGCACCCACACCGCUGGAACCUUCGCUGGCACCACCUACGGAGUUGCUAAGAAGGCCAACAUUGUCGCCGUCAAGGUCCUCUCCGCUGGUGGCUCCGGCUCUACCGCUGGUGUGAUCAAGGGUAUCGACUGGUGUGUCACCGAUGCCAAAGCCAAGGGUGCCCUCGGAAAGGCCGCUCUCAACCUUAGCUUGGGUGGUGCCUUCAGCCAGGCAAACAACGACGCCGUCACCCGCGCCCAGAAUGCUGGUAUCUUCGUUGCUGUUGCCGCCGGAAAUGACAACAAGGAUGCCAAGAACUCCUCCCCAGCCUCCGCCCCAGCCGUCUGCACUGCUGCUUCCUCCACCAUCGAUGACCAGAAGUCCUCUUUCUCCAACUGGGGUACCAUCGUUGACAUCUACGCCCCCGGCUCCAACAUCCUCUCUGCUGCCCCUGGUGGCGGUACCCGCACGUUGUCCGGAACCUCCAUGGCCUCUCCCCACGUUUGCGGUGUCGGCGCUGCCAUGUUGGCGCAGGGCGUCAGCGUUGCUCAAGCCUGCGACCGCAUCAAGCAGAUCGCUAAUGCCGUUAUCAAGAACCCAGGAACUGGCACCACCAACAAGCUCCUCUACAACGGAAGUGGAAGAUAG